AUGGCCAAGGCACGGCACUUCCCGGUUCUGGUGGCAGUUGCGCUGCUGGCGCCAUUCGCGCUAGUCUUCAGGCCCGGCGACGCUUUCGUUGGGACGUCCCUGGGGGUGCGGCCAGAGGCCCCUCGAGCUGUGCGGCGAGCGGAGCCAGACAACGAGGCAUUGGACGAGGUUGACGAAGAGGAAUACGAGGACGAGGACGAGGAGUUCGAUGAUGAGGAGUCCGACGCUGCCUUGAAAUCGGACUAUGCAUUCGACGAGGAGCCACCGAAAGCUUGGUACAAACGCCGCCACAUUGACCGCCACAAGGUGAACAUGAAAUUCUUCGACAUCUACAAGAAGCCAGUGGACUUCUUCCCACACCGGCUCCAGGCGGGCGACACGGUGCGCGUGUACUACUUGGAGGCCAAACCUGGCUCCGGCGACAAGGAGGUCCGAGGACUUCGAUUGUCCAAGGACCAGCUGCGUGAGACUUACUUUGAUGGCACGAUCCUGAACUUCCGGGGGGAGUACCACGCACGCACGAUGACGGUUCGUGCGAUGAUCGGCAAGGGCUUGUCCUCCGUGGGCUACGAGUUCCAGUUCCCCAUGCACUCACCACUUAUCACCAGGAUUCAGGUAAUGAGGCGAGGCUUCAUUGGCCGCAACAAGAAUGCGUACUUUCUGCGCGGUAUGGUUGGCAAGAGGAACAUCAUCCCCAUUGACAAGGAACGCACGGAAAUGGACAAGAGGUAUGCCGACCUCCGGCUGGAUGGACGCGAGGAUGAGAUUCCAGAUCCAGAGUAUCCGCAGCAAGAGUGGGACACGUAUCCCCUCCCUGUCUGGAAGCAGGACAUGGCGGACUGGAACGAGGAGGAGUACGACCCGAGCAAGGUGGACCAGCGAAGCGACUACGAGACCCGUGUCAUCGCCAAGUAUCGCAUGAGGCCCUCCCGCACCGGCAAGUACGGCACCUGA